AUGGGUGCAGUUGCAGUCAAGUACAAGGGCCACAUGGCGGAGUCGGAGGCUCCAGGGGCGGUGGAUAUACCAGAGGCAUGCUCUUCAGCAGCCACAGGCAUCGGCCUCACGCCGUCAACGCUUAGCCUGAGGAAUGUGGAGUCGCUGCUGCUGACAGCGCAGCAGCAGCAGCUGCGCCACCUGCGUCGCCUUCAGCAGAUGCGGCGCCAGGCGGAAAUCAGCGCGGCGAUGCAGGUGGCGUGGCAGGAGAAGCAAGAGGCGGAGGAGCAGCGGCGCGCGGCGCGCGAGGCAGAGGCGAAAGAGGCCCAGGCGCGCCGCUUGGAGCACCACCGGAACGUGGAGACGCGCAACGCCGCGGCGCAGGAGGCCGCGGGCCGCACGCGGGACAUGUGGCGCAGCGCCUUGGUCGGGAAGCUCGAGGCUGCCAAACAGCGGACGUCAGCACGCCUGGAGGCGCGCCGCCGCCGCAUCUACGCGAACCACGAGGCGCAGCUGGACGCGCGGAGGGCGGCGCUGGAGGAGAAGCAGGCGCAGGAGCAGCGGCACCUGCAGCAGCGGCAGGAGCUGCGCCUGAUCCAAGACGAGAUCCGCCGCGAGGAGGAGGCGCUGUGGGCGGUACGGCGCGACGAGCUGCGGCAGCGCGCGGAGAGCGAGCAGGCGGCGCGCAGCUCUUACUACGGCCUCAGGGCGCAGGAGAGGGACCGACAGCUGGCGGAGCGCAAGCAGGAGCUCGAGGCCCAGAGGGCCGCGCACGCGGAGGAGGCGCGGCAGCGCGCCAGCUACAACCAGCAGCGCGCCGCCGGCGCGGACGCGGCAGAGCGGGCCAAGCGCGACCGCCUCGCCGCGAAGCUGCAGGGCAAGAUGGCCAAGGUGGACGCGAUCAUGGCCCAGAGGACGGCGCUGGUGAAGGAGGUGCAGCGCGUGCAGGCCGGCAUGGCGGCGCAGGAGGAGAGGAUGAAGGCCGCGCUGCAGACCAUGGCGGUAUGGGGCCUGCCCAGCUGGGAGCGCCCAGGCGCACGCACAUCUUCUGCCUGCACCCACCACACCGGCAAGUGGCACCUGCCUGCAGAGCUCGUGGACACCACCGCAGCCCUGCAGUCCGCGAUCCUGGACUCCCCCACCCGCAGCGCCACCGCCGCCGCCCCCGGCGGCCGGUUGGGCGGCAGCGGGCUGAGCUCGCCCUCGCAGCGCCCCGACAGCGCCUGCGGCCUCCUGGCUGAGACG